UGAAGUCGGCAAAGACAGAGUAUAUUCAAAGAAAAUAAAGUCUUUCGGUUAAGAAAGUAAGUCAUGUGCCAAAGCUUCCUUCCCUGUAGGACCCCACAAAACACGAAACAAAUGAACGCCGUCGUUUCUUCCUGCUGACGUCAUCAUGCUAACCGCCGCAUCCUUCCUCCCUACACGGUUGAGUCGCUUCGUCUUCUUCCUACUCUGUUCGCCCAUCCUUCUCCCUCUCCUCUGCCUUUCGAUCCCUCUCCUCUGCGCCGUCGAGGUCUUCGGCCGCCUCCGCUGCCGAAUCGUGAAAUCAACACCUUCCUCCUUCGUGACGGAAGUUCUCGCCGCAGGAGAAGAUGAUUUGCGGCGAUGCGAGGAAGGAUGCGGAGAACUCGUAGUGGAGGAAGAUGAGAUUGGAGGUAGUUUGCUUGAGAGAUACUUAGAGGAUCAGGCUAGAUCCAUUUACGAUUGUGGAGAUGAAGAAGAUGAUGACGGCGAUCGUGAUCCAAUUAGGGUUCCUCUUUUGUGUUAGAAUUUUUGUUUGUUUGUUUGUUUUCCAGAAAAGAAAUGUAAUUGUAGAUAAAAGGAAUGUAUAUCAAUUCGAUCAAGAUCUCAAUUGGUGAUUACAACUAUUUAUCAUUAUCA